UAUUCUGACUUUUUAGCAAGAGAACAGUCGGAGUUAGCCGGUCUGGAAGAUGAUAACUUUGGCGAAGGGCAACAGUUCACACAAGACUUUGAUGGGUUUGCACAAAAUCAAGAACAAGUAACAGUGGCUCAGAGUAAUGGGCCAAGUAACAUGUAUGAGGCAAUAUCCCAGCAAGAUACCACGAGAGCAGUUCCAGAGAAAAUAAAAAUCUGGCGUGAAGAACAAAAGACAAGACUGGAGAAAAAAGACUCUGAAGAAGAAAAGCGUAAAAAAGAAUUGAAAGAGAAAGCAAAGAAAGAGCUUGAUGACUGGUACAAACAUCACACGGAACAGUUGGAGAAAACAAAAGAGAACAACAGGGCUGCUGAAACUGUAUUUGUCAAGGAUCGUGAUGAAAAGGUCACCGGUCAAGCAUGGGAGAAAAUAACCCGCCUUUGUGAAUUUAACCCAAAGAACUCAAAGAACACAAAAGAUGUAUCUAGGUUCAGGUCUAUCUUGUUGCAACUGAAACAGACACCAUUAGUGCGUUAGGUAUUGUGUGCAAUUAGAAGCUGAUUGUACAUUUGUCAUUUGUAUGUUAGUCACCAGCAAAUGUUUUAAUAAUUAUGGUAUAUAAAUGUCCAACUUCUAAAAUAAAAUAUUAGUUUUCAGUGAAUAAGUAGAAUUAUUUCUGCAGAAUAAAUGUU